ACCUCUUAAGCUAACCGGUGACUAACACAUUCCUUGACACCUUCUGCCUAGUGGUAGUAUAUAUUACGCGGCUUUCCCGCGCUUUCUACACUUCGCUUUCGUUCUACUUAUAUUUCACGACUCGCCAAUUUUAUCUCUCGAGGUGGUUGGCUGGUUUCAAUUCUCACCUCCCGGAUAAUUUUACCUGAGCCGGCUUGAGCCCGGCGACCUUCGUUAAGGUUACAAUAAGGCUCUUUAUUCCAUUUCAUUCAAAUUACCAAUCCAAAUUUUUAGUAAUGGUCACGCUGCGGAAUCCGGUCUCUUGCUCCUAAACCCCCUUUCCGGGUCCCGUCACCAACAAAUUAACUACAAUGCCUUUUUUACCUACUAGCACAUCUAUGCGUGACCAGUCGGAGCCGUCUUGGCCGCCGAGUCCCAGCCGUCUUCCCCCGUCGUUAGAAGACGAUACCAACUCAACAGACGAUGAUGAGCCUGACGCUCAGUGGUCUAAUGUGAAUCCCAUGAUGUAUUUCCUUACACCACCAACACCAAAGGAAGAAGACCUCGAAUUUGAUUUCGAGUUUGACGCCGGGAUUGAGGACUCAACUAAGCCUCGGGAGAUCAUCCGUACCGUCUCUCCUUCUACUCUCGAUGGGCUAAGGAAGUACAAGCCUAGAGACAAGAUGGCAGAUUGCGCAGUCUUGGAUGACAACGAAGAUGACGAUGAUGAUGACGAGGAUUAUAUCCGCUUCCAUCCUCAUGGUCAUACAUCUCUACCAUUUGGGUUCGAAAAAUUCUUCGAUCAGACAAGGCCGUCUUCCACCGUAACAUCUCAGACCACAGAGUCUUUAUUAUCACCCGCCGCAUUUCACGUCGGUUCGCCCAAACGUACCGUAAAACGCUUCGCACCCCCACGGCGUCCUCUGAGAGGAAGGUCGCCCCGCCAAUCGCUUCAACGACGACAUUCAUGGCGUGAGCCAAGUCCUGAUGUUUAUUCUAUAGAAGAGGAACCAGAGAAGGAAACGAUGAGCGAGAUGGGCUUGAGCGUCGAAGACUUGACUGACGAUCAGGAGAAGACGCGGCCAAUAGAUAUACCGGCUGCAAAGCCACGGAAGAAGGUUCGGUUCGUGUUACCGGUUAAGGAUUAAUUGCAUAUAGUGUUUACACUUGGAUAUAGCAUACUUUGCAUAGGGCGGCGUUUGGUGGAUUUUCCCCUUCGCAUUUCUUGGGUUUUCUUACUCUUGUCACAUUCAAUCUGCAUACGGAACGGAUUGAGCAUCUUUAGCAUAGGCAUGUCGGGUUU